GUUUCAGGCUGAGCUUUCUUCUCAUGCUUUCUACACUGGGAGUGUUAUUUCUGCUACUGAAAAUUUCCUCUCAAGCUGCGCUACCCACAGAUCUACCAGACGUUUGCGAAGAAAACGAAGUCUUUAAGGAUUGCGCUCCGACUUGCGAGCCCACAUGCAGAUUUCCAGAUGUGAAAUGCGAAGAAAGCUGUGAAGACAAUGUAUGCCGAUGUAAAGAGGGUUACAUUAGAAGUGAGAUAGGAGGACCAUGCAUACCUGCAUCUGCUUGUCCUCCAAUGCCAAGCGAUUUCUUCGAUUUUACAUCGUUGAUGCCCACGUGUGACGGUGUCGUUUGUGACGAUAAUACACAUUGCGAGAUAGUUGAUUUACCGUGUGUGGAUAGCCAUUGUCCUCAAGAAGCUGUAUGCGUUGACGAUGUUUGAGAUUGCUGACUAUCCUUUGACCACC